AUGAAACUAAUCAUCUUUCGUCGUAAAACUGCUUCUUGGGCUUUGCUUGUGUUUUUGUUUCAUCUUAAAACUGUUGGAAUCAUUGCUGGUCUGAUUCUAAUCCACUCGCUGGACUCUGAAAAUCUAGCUCUAGGCUUUGUGGUGUACCGUGUCCGUGUGAGACGUGGUGGACGCAAGAGGCCAGUGUCAAAGGGUAUUGUGUAUGGAAAGCCCACAAACCAGGGAGUCACCCAACUCAAGUUCCAGAGGAGCAAGCGCUCUGUCGCUGAGGAGCGUGCCGGAAGAAAAUUGGGCGGUCUCAGAGUUGUCAACUCCUACUGGCUCAACGAGGAUUCGACUUACAAGUACUACGAGAUCAUCUUGGUGGACCCAGCACACAAUGCUGUGCGUAAUGACCCGAGAAUCAACUGGAUCUGCAACCCAGUGCACAAGCACAGAGAGCUCAGAGGACUCACCUCCGAGGGAAAGAAGAAUCGAGGUCUUCGCGGAAAGGGUCACCGCAACCACAAGAACAGACCUUCCCGCAGAGCAACAUGGAAGAAGAACAACACUCUGUCUCUUCGUCAUUACCGUUGA